AUGUCUCAUUCGGGAGGGGGGGGGGAGAGGAGGAGACGGGACGAAGAGGCGGCACGCCAGCCAACCCCAGCAGGGCCAGCCGGGGCUGCGCCUCCGGGAGGCGAGAGCAGAAGGAAGGAGAAGAUGGGGGAGGAUGCUUCAAGCGGACUCUGGCUUCAAGUCGAGCCUGUCCCCUACAGGAGGCUUCAGACCUCCGACGCCGUGAUGUUUCACGAAGCGGGCCACUGGAGCUCUCAAAUCCGAUCCGCCCUGAAUGAGGCGGCGCAGAGAACUGGCACUGGGGUGUGGAGCAGAGAUCUUGCUUCGCAUGGUCCCUCCCGCACUUCCGCAGAGGACCUGCCCUGGUGA